GUGAAGAAAUCUUGAAGACCAGAAAUUGGAUCUUAUUGAAUUUUGGUGUUCUUUUUCUUUUUUCUUUUUCUUUUUUCUUUUUAAAUUAAUUGUUCGGCUAUGGAAGAUGGAUCUUUUUUUUUUAAAUAAUUCUUUGAAUUUCAAGUUCAUCUUUAUAUGAACUCUUUUUUGUUGUUUUUUUGUUGAGGAGAUAACUAACCCUAGCUGUCUCCAGUUUGACAAAGGUUAUUUGAAUGGACUUAAAUCUCUCAGUAGUUGGGAGAUGUUUUAAAAACACGCCCUGUGUUUGAAUUGUGGCUGAGAGGUUUCCUUGGCAAUGUGAGGAGGAAAAUUCUUUCUGCCUCAUUAUUAUUAAUUCAUGGAUUGAGUGUUGGUUCGACCUACAGGCGUAAUAGAUUGGAACUCAGUGAAGACACAGACAUUCCUGCUGAGAUCACCUAGCUUAUGAUUACAUUUAAAAGACGAUUUCUGUGAUUGAGUUGUCUUUUGGAAGAUUAAACCCAUUUCAAGAGGACUUGGAGCUGGUCCUCGCCUUGAGGAAGCAGUGGCUUGUUUUCAAGAAGCCAAUUCUCAUCUGAGGAUCUACUCAGCAUGCCUAAUCAAGGAGAAGACUGCUAUUUUUUUUUCUAUUCUACGUGUACUAAAGGUGACAGCUGUCCAUUCCGUCAUUGUGAAGCUGCAUUAGGAAAUGAAACUGUUUGCACAUUAUGGCAGGAAGGGCGCUGUUUUCGACAGGUGUGCAGGUUUCGGCACAUGGAGAUUGAUAAAAAACGCAGUGAGAUUCCUUGUUAUUGGGAAAAUCAGCCAGUGGGAUGUCAGAAACUAAACUGUGCUUUUCAUCACAACAGAGGACGUUUUGUUGAUGGCCUUUUCCUACCUCCAAGCAAAACUGCGUUGCCCACUGUGCCUGAGUCACCAGAAGAGGAGGUGAAGGCUAGCCAGCUCACAGUUCAACAAAACAAAUUAUCUGUCCAGUCUAAUCCCUCUCCUCAGCUGCGAAGUGUUAUGAAAGCAGAAAGUUCAGAAAAUGUUCCUAGCCCUACACAUCCACCAGUGGUAAUCAAUGCUGCAGAUGAUGAUGAAGAUGAUGAUGAUCAGUUUUCUGAGGAAGGUGAUGAAACCAAAACACCUACCCUGCAACCACCUCCUGAAGUUCAUAAUGGAUUACGAGUGGCUUCUGCCCGGAAACCUGGAGUCAAUUUAAAACAAGGUGAAUGUUUGAAUUUUGGGAUAAAAACUCUUGAAGAAAUUAAAUCAAAGAAAAUGAAGGAAAAAUCAAAGAAGCAAGGUGAAGGUUCUUCGGGAGCUUCCAGUCUUUUACUCCAACCACAGCCCAUUCCAGGUCCUGAAAAAGAGAAUGUCCGGACUGUGGUGAGGACAGUAACUCUGUCCAACAAACAAGGAGAAGAACCUUUGGUAAGAUUGAGUCUAACUGAGAGACUGGGGAAACGAAGAUUUUUAGGAGAUGGUGACGUUGAUCCUCCAUUAAAGCGUAGCCUUGCACAAAGGCUAGGGAAGAAAGUUGAAGCUCCAGAGACUAACACUGACAGAACACCAAAGAAAGUUCAAGUUUCCAAGUCUCUGAAGGAGCGAUUAGGCAUGUCAGCUGGUCUAAACAAUGAGGAGGCAGCAGGCUGCAAGGCUGAGGGCUCAUAUGAUUGCUACGAGAGAGUUACUAAAGUUGGUGAGAUCCACGUGAAGACAUUAGAAGAAAUUCUUCUCGAAAGAGCCAGUCAAAAACGUGGAGAAUUGCAAACUAAACUCAAGACAGAAGGACCUUCAAAAGUUGAUGAGUCUACAACAGGAACAAGAACUUCCUCCACUAUCCGAAUCAAGACGUUCUCUGAGGUCUUUGCUGAAAAGAAACGGCAACAGGAAGCAGAGAGACAAAAAAACAAAAAGGACGUAAGCUGCAUCAAGCUCAAGACUGAUAAUGAAAUUAAAAAAACAGUGGUUUUGCCACCUGUAGUAGCCAGCAGAGGACAAUCAGAGGAACCUGCAGGUAGAGCGAAGUCUAUGCAGGAAGUGCAUAUCAAGACGCUGGAGGAAAUUAAACUGGAGAAGGCUCUGAGGGUGCAGCAGAGUUCUGAGAGCAGCACCAGCUCCCAGCCUCAGCCUGAGGCCACCCCAGGGGCAAGACGGCUUCCCUGGAUCACUAAAAAAACAGGUUGCAGCAUGAAUAAAAUUACUAGCGAUGUGUUUAAUGUGAAUCUAGGUAUAAAAGAAGAGAGGAAACUUAAAGAAGAAAGUGUUGUUGCUUCUCAGAGCAGUGUUACUAGAACAGAGGCUAAAGAGACUUCAGAUGAGACCACAGCAGUUGACAUCACUAAAAUUCAAGUCAAGAGAUGUGAGACAAUGAGAGAAAAGCAUGUGCAGAAACUGUCGGAGAAGGGAACCUCACAGAAGGAAAAAUCAGUUUUGACACUCCUUCGGGGAGAUUUAGACACUUGCAAUACCCAGUUAGCAGAGAAACCAGUGCUCACUACCGUGCCAGACAUCACACGGCUCCUGACUAAACGUCCUCCUUCAAAGUUAUCCCAGAAGACAGAGGUAGAAACCUCAGGGAUUGGGCACUCAAAACUGAAUGUGAAAGGUGCAACACAGACCUUGGAAAAAAGGGCUAAACCUAAAAUGAAUGUGAAGCCAUCUGUGGUUAAAGUUGUCUCAUCAUCCAAAGUGGCCCGAAAACGCAAGGCAGUGGAGGUCCACUCUGCCGUCAUUGCAGCUGUGAAACCACUCAGCUCCAGCAGUCUCCUGCAGAAAAGCCCAGCUAAAAAAGCAGCUGUGGCUGUUGUCCCACUUCUCUCUGAAGACAAAUCAGUCACUGUGCCUGAGACAGAAAAACCUAGAGACAGUUUUGUGCUGCCUCCAACCCAGUCCUCUUCAGAUCCUUCCCCACCAGAAGCAUCUGGCCCUUCGUCAUCCCAGGUGGCCGCAAAAACUCGCCGACUCAGCCCUGCCUCAACAGGAAAGCCACUACUUUCUGUGGAGGAUGAUUUUGAGAAAUUAAUAUGGGAGAUUUCAGGAGGCAAAUUAGAAGCUGAGAUCGACCUGGAUCCUGGGAAGGAUGAAGAUGACCUUCUGCUCGAGCUAUCAGAAAUGAUUGAUAGCUGAAGGUGGUAGUAGAACAUUUAAAAUAAAAACACAAAAAGAAGACUUACCAAAAACUGGACUUAGUUUCAUCUAUUAUAACAUUUAUCCAAAAUGAUCAUUUCUUUAGUCUAGAAUUUGCCCCAAAUAAGAAGUAUACCUCUGAAUUAUCCAUGUGUGUUCUGGAUUUCUUGGCGUCAGAUUUUUAAAGUCACUUGGUAGUCAUUUUGUCCAUUUGAUGCCAUUGUUUAGCAUCUUUGAGAAAAAAGUUCUGUCUUAUCCCUCUCUCCACAAAAAGACUGAGUGGGAGACCUAAGUGAAAGGGUACAGGAAAACUUAGUGACUCCUUGAGGUGUUUGUCAGUUUUGGCUUUUUUCCCCUUUGUUGUAUUAUUUCUUUUAUGUAUUGUCCUAAUGUACCUAUUGUUACCUGAGUUUGAAAAGGAUGAAGACAGCUGCUACCGUUAAGGACCAAAUUUCAUGCCACCACUAAACAAAAAAAUCCACUCAGUCUGUGUUAAAUUGUACGUCUUUUUAAAGGUAUUUGGAGAAUUUAAGCUUUUAGAGACAGCUGAGCAGCUCAGGAAACCUGUAAUCUGGACAUAACUUUUUGGAUGUGAUUUUCAUGCUUCUACUGCUCUGUAAGCCUCUGAAGAGCAAUAGCUGAUUUAUUAUUACUGUAAUUUUUUAAGGCUUCAAAGUGCCUCAGGGGUCCUCUGAAACUAAUUUUCUAUUUCUGGGAUUCCUUGGAUUCUUAAUAAGAGGUGGUUACAGGAACCAGGAAUUCCUGAUUACAGGAAUUUAUUAUUUAGUAAGAAAGUUGUCCCUUCUCUUCUUCAGUACUUGCCACCUUACUAGCAUUGAAUUAUCACAGGGAUAAAAAUUGGUUAACUUUUAAUUUCUAAUUCUCCUAGCAAACUCCUCUUGCCCAGUAUUUAUUUGGUGCCCUUUAAACACCUGAGGGGGGCGGAAAUGAACUCAUUCAAGCUGCCAUUAUUUAUCUAUGGACUGUAGCAGUAUGCUGAAUUGUACUGUAGCAGGGAUUAUCAAGAUGCUCUGGGGGUGUAUUGUAUACCUUCCAGUUUUCUUCAUUUCCGAAUUGAAUUUUCUUUUCUUGAUGUUGGUCUCCUUCAUGUCACCUCAAGGUUUAGACUGUGAAGGAACAAGUAUGAUGGGGAUAAUAGUCUUGAAAGGAGACAUACUGUACAUAAUCAGAAGGAAGAGGAAAGGACCUGCCCAUUUUGAUAUUUUGCUAUAGGUGGCCAGUUUUGUUUCUCAUAGGGAAAUCUGACCCACCUGUCAUGUUGGCUCCUAAGGAACUGCUGUUGUAAGCGGCUCAUCAAGAGUUGAACUUCAUGUAGCGUUUUUGGGAAUAUGGAAAAGGAAGAAAGCCACAGGACUGCCCAUUCAGUCUUGGGAAGAUCUGGAUGAUUCUACACAAGCAAAACUGACUUGAAAUUUAUGUAUAGACACUUCUCUACCAAUCCAUCUUCAGCUGACUGAAUGUUAUCUAAUAGCCCUUCUCCAAAGCAAGGGUGGAAUGUUCUGGUUUCACCGCAGAUUUUCUACUCAUUUCACUUUUGGAAUCGGCUUGUAGAUUCCAGGUCCCUUUUGUAUAUAAUCUUUUUCUUUUGCUUUUUUAAAAAUAAUUUUGUUUCAUAUUUAAAGCCCUGUAUUAGUCAAUGAUUCAUGUUCAGCAUUAUUUGAACCAUUUGCCAUUACAGAAAGAAAUACUUUAUUUGUGUUUUAAAUAAAGCUGGUGUAGGAAAGUC